UCAAUUCAUACGCCUUUCUAAACUCUUCUCUCUGAAUCUUAAUCAUCUCCUCCCUCUCCUGUGGCCCAAGGUUCUUAAACGGGUUCACCGUCCUCUUCUUCGGAUUUUUCAUCUUCUUCUCCAACAUCUUCUUCACUUCCUCCUCCUUCAUGACCAAAACCCGCUCAUACUCCCUCUUAAACGCCUUGACUAAAUACUCCUUCAUUUCCAUCUGUUCCACCGCCUUGAAUAUAAACCUCGCAUUGAGUAACUUCUUGCCGGACUCUAGGCACAAGUCAUUGGCGAGGGAUGUCACUGUAGUGACAUAGGCCUUGCCUAUUUUUUGUAUGUAAGUGUAGAAGUCCUUCUUAGAAGCGACUUGGGCGGUACAUUUACUGGCGUUGAGAUGGCGACGGACUAGGUUGAUGACGCUGGCUCUGGGAAGUUCGACUGGCUCUUU